AUGGGUGCGAAAAGCCUGAGAGUUAAGAAAUGGAUCGUAGUUGACUAUAUAGACAUUGAAAAAGCUCAUUUUAAAUCGGACCUACUUCCGAAUUUGGAAAACAGUGAAUUACGUAUAUUAAUUAAAGAUUAUGCUGAAGCACAAAAUUUAUUAACACCAUGUUUGGAUCAUAUUAAUUCGAUGAAAGGAAAUUAUUCUCAUAUUGAAACAUUACGAAUAUUAUAUCUUGUACUUCACAUAUCAUGUUCAUGUUUUGGUUUGGGUCAAGUUAAAACGUCAAAACAUUCAUUAACAGCGUUACAACAAAGUAUUCAACAAUUGGCUAGUAGACCAGAAGAAGAAGCAUCUUUAGUGACAAAUCCACUUGAACAAUUUACAUGGUUAUCGCGCGAUCAUUUGAAUGUUUUAGUUUAUUUACUAACUGUUUUACAUUCAAUGUUAUGUGGACGUUUAGAUAAAGCAUUGAAAUAUGCUGAUAAAGCUCAAGCUCAGAUUGAUCAAAUUAAAAGUUUGGAUACCAGUCCAUUUUUAAUAGCUGUUGAAAUGUUAUUUUAUGAAUGUCGAAUACAAUGUCAUUUAUUAACAUGUAAUAAAUCGAUAGCUAUAAAAGAGAUUGCAACAUUAUGUCGACUGAAUGCCGCUGAUUCUAACAGCAAAACUCAACGAAGUUUAACGAUUCAUGCUUUAUUGGGUUUAUAUGCAACAUCGUUGAAUAUGCUCGAAGUAUCUGAAGCGCAAUUUGCUGCUGCUUUACGCACACGGUUUCCUGGUGAUAAAGAUUUUCGAUUUAUUGUAUUAGCUAACUUGAUAAUUACCUAUAUGAGAUUACGUAAACAAACACAUUUAUUACCAAUAUUACAACAAAUCAAUUUAGAAUUAACAACAACACAUUCACAAUUAUUACAUGCAAUUGCAAACUUUUUGAAUGCUCUACAACAUUUAAGCAAAACUCGUAUACCAGAAGCAAAAGAAUUAUUUCGUCGUGCAGCUAAUUUUGCUAGUAAUGAAGAUUUAAAUAAAAUAUUAACGAAUACAUUCAUUAUACUUGGACAAUUGUUUUUUAGAAUGCAAAAUUUUCAAGAAAGUGCAAAUAUGUUACAAUCGGCUACAACAAUUGGUUCUAGUAUACCAGACUAUAGUUCACAAUUGAGUACAAUGUCAAUAUUGAGAGAUUUAUAUCAUAUGUGUAAUGAUCCUCGACUGGUUGAAACCAAUGAAAAAAUCAUUCAAAUAACGGAUGCAUUACAAAAAGAUUCUUAUUCAACUACAGCAUUGCCAGAACAUCAUCAUUUAUUAGCAUGGACAGAGGAAGUUGAAAAAAAAACUCAACAUUUUUUUGUUGAACAUCCGGAUGCCAAAAUAUUUGUGGAAAAUGCGCGAGAUAUUGCAAAAAGAACGGAGCAACGUUUGAAUGAGGCAAAAGUAAAAAUACAAAUAGCAUAUAAUGAUAAAAAUGGUGAUGAUAUACACUCAAAUAUCAAAUCUCCAUCUUCGCCAGCAUUUCGUUCACCAUCAGCAACAUCAACAAAUUCGUCUUCAACAGCACCACCAUCAACUGUAACAACAACACUUACGACAAAUGCUUCAAUUCCAAUUUUAAAUGGUCGUAUUAAUCCAUCGUAUAGAGCAUCUUUACAAUAUAUUGCCUUAUUUGAUUAUGACGCGAGAACAAGUGAAGAUUUGACAAUACGAAAGGGUGAUCUACUUGAAAUUGUUAGUCGACAAAAUAAUGCUUGGUGGAAAGCACGAUCCGAUACGGGACGAGAAGGUUACAUACCAUCGAAUUAUGUUGCUAGACGAGAUAGUCUUGAAUCAGAACCAUGGUAUUUUAAAUCGAUUCAUCGAAUUGAUGCUGAAAAGAUUCUAAUGUCUGAAGUGAAUGAACAUGGAUCAUUUCUAGUAAGAGAUAGUGAAACUCGUCGAACAGAUUUUUCAUUGUCGAUUCGUGAUAAUGAAACGAUAAAACACUAUCGUAUACGACAAACAGAAGACGGUCGAUUUUAUAUUACUCGUCGUACAACAUUUUUAUUGUUAACCGAUCUAAUUGUACACUAUUCGCAACAAGCCGAUGGUUUAUGUGUAAAUUUAAGACAACCAUGUGUACAUAUAGUGAAACCAGAACCAGAAGGUUUGAGUCAUAAUACUGUUGACCAAUGGGAAAUACGUCGAGAAGACGUUAAAUUAAUUCGACGUCUUGGACAAGGGCAGUUUGGUGACGUGUAUGAAGGAGUUUGGAAUAAUUCAACACCUGUCGCCAUUAAAACAUUAAAAUCAGGUUCAAUGAACCCGUUAGAUUUUCUUGCCGAAGCAUGCAUUAUGAAAAAGCUUCGUCAUCCAAAUCUAAUUCAGUUAUUUGCUGUGUGCACAGUAGCAGAACCAAUUUAUAUUUUAACAGAAUUAAUGAAGAAUGGAAGUUUACUAGAUUACUUACAAAGUCCACGCGGUCGACAAUUAGAAAUGCUAACGUUAAUCUAUAUGGCCACACAAAUAUCUCGUGGAAUGGCCUGUUUAGAAUCUCAGAAUUACAUACAUAGAGAUCUAGCCGCUCGGAACGUUCUUGUCGGUGAAAAUAAUAUCGUAAAGAUAGCAGAUUUUGGUUUAGCCCGAGUAAUUAAGGAUUAUCAUACUGGUAUAUAUGAUGCUAAAGAAGGUACUAAAUUUCCGAUUAAAUGGACAGCACCAGAAGCAGCAUUGUAUAAUACAUUCACAAUUAAAUCAGAUGUAUGGUCGUUUGGAAUUUUGCUUACUGAAGUUGUUACAUACGGAAGAACGCCCUAUCCAGGUUAGUGCUUUAUUCACUAAUUUAUUAUAAAAUUGAAAAACUAUUAUUUUACUAAAGUUAGGAGAAAGAGCAGUUAAUGAUUUAAAUAGUGAGGUAAUGAAGUACAGAACUGCUAUAAACAUGAUUAACUAAUCAUAACGUAUUUAUUUCAUUGAUAUUUCGACAGAAUCCACUGUCAU